AGUGGGGCCUGUGGGGAUGGAGGCGCUGCUACUGGUCACCGCUAAUGUGGGCUCGUUGUUCGAUGAUUUGGAAGGUUUGCAAACGAUCUGGUUACAGGAGUUCUAUGAGGCGGUGGCUAAAUACAAGCCCCACUUCAUUGCCGUGCACUGCCAGGAGAUCGGAGGGAAGGACUAUGAAACCGGCAUGGCACAAGUGGACCCGUUUGUGGAGAGUAUUCUGUCCAGUAAAGAAAUGCAGGAGUACAACAGAGUCUGUGUGUACCUGGACCAGACUUUCACCGCUCACACACGUUUCACUGCACUGGGCAGCAUGUACUUCCUGCACCAAUCAGUUCACAACAUCUACCAGUUCGAUUUUAAAGUGCAAGAGUUCAAGGAGGUGGUGGGCAAGGUGGUCCAUUCCACACACCUGGAUACAAACAGCAUGAUCGAGAAGGAAAGGUUCCCACAGGACUUCUGGCCUGAGUUCAAGUGGUCUCGGAAAGGUUACAUCCGGACACGCUGGAGACUCCAGGAUCAGGUGUUCGACCUGGUCAAUGUCCACCUGUUCCACGACGCCUCGAACCUGGUGGCCUGGAGAUGUCCCUCUGUCUUCCCAGGAAACCGCCGGAGAGCACUGGGUCACGUGCUCAGCAGGAUCACCAACUCCUGCUACGAGAAGGUGCCCUUCCUAAUAUUCGGGGACUUCAACGUGAGACUGGACACACAGAGAGUGGUGGAGACUCUGUGCAGCCCAGCUACUGUACGGACCAUACCCACCAAUGAUGCCGGAGAUGUUAACAAGGUUCUCUUCCAGGAGAAGGGCAAGGAUCACAAGGUUCUGCUGAGGCUUGAAUCGAAAACCUUCGACUACUUUGAUCAAGAUGUUUUCCGAGAAAACAAUGGAAAAGCUCUUUUAGAGUUCGACCGGGAGCUGGCCACGUUCACCGAUGACAUCUGUGAGCUGGACAUUCACUUUCCUCCAAGUUAUCCGUACAGUGAGGUGAACACGGAGGGAACUCUGUACGCCAACACCCGCUGCCCAGCCUGGUGUGACCGCAUCCUCAUGUCUCCCUCUGCCAUCGAGCUUGUGGUGAAGGGGAGGCCGGUGUAUAACGUGAUGGGACCCGCUGUCUGUAUGGGCGACCAUAAGCCCGUCUACCUGUUCUUCCACAUCCCCGCGUGACCACACCAGGUGUGUGGGGACCUCGACCUGCGAUGCUCCGAUUUCCCUCGACUCUACUGCCCACCAACAUGAACGUUGAGAGGCGAGGAACUACAGGUGCUGGCACCUGGAGCCAAACACACAGACCUGGCCGAUCUCAGCGGGUCAGGCAGCCUCUGUGGUGGGAAUGGACAGCUUUAUUCUGGGACGGAGUGGAGAGAGCAUCUCCUGGUCUCCCAACAUGGACAACAAUGGCAAAACACAAACUGCUGGAGGAACCCAGUGGGUCAGUCUGGAGAAGAGUGACCCGCUGGGUUCCACACCAGCUCAGGACUCUUCUUCCGACUGCCUGACCCGCUGACUUCCUCCAGCCCUUUGUGACUUACCCGAAUACGGAACAGUCUGUGGAAGGAACUGCAGAUGCCGGUUUAAGCCGAAGGUAGACACAAAAAGCUGGAGUAACUCAGCGGGGCAAGCAGCAUCCUGUCUCCUGGAGAGAAGGAAUGGGUGACGUUUCGGGUCAAGACCAUUUUGUCCAUUUACUGAUGGUUCUUUUGGGGGCGAGUCUUUUGUUAUUGUUCAGUUUAGUUUAUUGUCACGUGUACCGAGGUACAGGGAAAAGCUUUUGUUGCGUGCUAUCCAGUCAGCGGAAAGACAAUACAUGAUUACAAGUGAUCCAUUUAGUGUUACAGUAGCAUGAUAAGGGAAUAACGUUUAGUGCAAGGUGAAGCCAGCAAAGUCCGAUCCAGUAUAGUCCAAGGGUCACCAAUGAGGUAGAUAGUUCAGCAAUGCGCUCUGGU